ACGUGUCACAAUGAAUGACAACAGUGUUUUCAUUUUCGGUUCAAUCUCUAGCAAUUUUGAUACUCGCGACGCUGUAUCUUUGCUACCCUUGGAAUUAUGUUGGAAAAUAUUUUCCUACUUAGACAAACAUUCUCUGUCAAACGCCUGCAAAACUUGCAAACUGUGGCGAAGGAUUAUUUUAUCAAAGACGGAGUUGAGGAGUCGCCUAAACGAUUUCGACCUGGCCCUGAGAGUUGGCUGCGAGAGACGAGCGACUUUUUACAAAAACAACCGCAAGGUUCUGAAGAAAUUGAAACGAAAAAAUUAUUUGCCAAUGGCCAAAUGUACAGUUGAAUCUACACAGAAGACGACGUGUAAGCGGGGAGGUGAUGAUUUUGUGAUACACACGAAGAGGUACAGACUAUUCUAGAAUAUUCUAGAUUCUAGAUUAUUAUAAUAUUAUUAUUAUUAGGUAGGUAGGUAGGUGCUAUCAGAUAAGUUGGUUCAUAGGCAGUAAUUGACGGAUCUACGUUAUUUGGCAUUAUGUUAAUUAGAUGUUAGUCGUGAUCUGUCAGCUGGG